AAGGUCACAUUUUGACUCUUGCUAUGGCUGCUCAUACAUAGGCGCUUAGCAUGGCAUUCAAAUAUCUUUCGCUCGUUUUGAUACUGAGCAUCAAUUUCAUCUCAACCACGAUAUCAGGAAAAGUGGAGAACAACCAAGCUGAAGCCUACAGAAGACACAUCAUUUCACCUGCUGCGUCUCCGCGAGUUGAAGGAUCUGCUACUCAGAGGCAAACCAGGAAUCAGAACAUCGUGUUGAAGGCAGGUAAAGCUCAUCAUGAUACUGUCAACGACGUCUACAGGAGCGGAGCGACAGGCCUGAUCCAUGGCGCCAGUUCCGGGGUGCCGUUCGGCGGAAGUGCAAUCAUACAUGGUGGCAUUCCAAAGCAGCAGUAUGUCUACAGUGGAUUAGUGUCUCCAACUUCAUGGCAGAGCGCCAAAAUUCAGAAUGCUGUUCCAGAAUUCGACAAGAGUUACAAGAUCAGCAAUGUCAAUUCGCAAUCUAUGAUGCAGGAAGAAUCGACAAACAUGGAUGAAGAAGGAAAUGAGACUUUUGACAGUAUUACGGAAUCGGAAAUGUUAGAUACAAGUAACGUUACCAAUACUUCAAACUCACAACCAAUCAAUAGCAGUGUUGAACAAUCGCAAAGUUCAGAGACCGUAUCUAAUUCCGGAUCGAAACUCGAAAUAACCACUGAAGCUUAUGAGACUGUUACUGUGUUCGAAUUCAACACUGACGAUGUGAAUUUUAAUGUAUCCUUUUCAAGCAAUGGAACCGGCAAUGCAAACGCUACCUACGAAUCAAUUAACAGCGGACUGGGAUUGAAAAUGGAUCAAACCUCUCAUAUUAUGGAAGACUCAGAUGACCGAAAAUUAAUUGAUGUGAAAUUGGAGAACUCUACAUUUGAUAACAGGAAUGACAGCAGAGCGGGAGUCCAAAUCAGCCAAAGUGUAUUUGGAGCAUCUUCAGUGAAUGUGGAUGGACGACCGAAUCCAAGCACACUCAAGCCACACAACGCUGGAGCGAGCCCUACUUCAGAGAAUAUAUCCAUUAACCAAACAGCAAUCGGUGUAAUUUCAGGUGAAUCUGAAGGUACAGUAUUGAUAAAUCAGAAUAUUUCAGGGGUAGGAGGUCAAACAAACGGUCAGAUAACUGUAGACCAAAAUGCUAUGGGAAUUAUAGGAGAGAAUAGUUUGCUAUCCCAGCCUUCAGGGACAUACUAUCCAAAUCAAUAUGGAAAUUCAGGAAAUCAGAAUAGUAUGGGGUAUCCAGAAAAUUUCAAUCCAGGAUCUCAACAGAACUAUAAUGGUGGGGGAUAUAACCCUCCUAUUUAUGGAGGAUAUUAUCAACCAAAUCAGGGGAACAUGGGUAAUUAUGGUAACUAUUGGGGUGGCUUAUCAAAUAACUACCCCAUUUAUGGUUCAGGGAAUGGAGGUUACAUUGGACAAGGGAAUGGUGCAUUGUAUGGGAAUCCUGGCUGGUCAAAUUAUGGUUCACAGUAUACUAAUUAUGGAUAUUAUCCAUCACAGUCACAACCAAUCAGACCAGGCAGUGAAUAUUAUGGUGGAGGAUUCAACAAUCAACAGUAUGCAAAUUAUCCUAAUUAUAAUCCAAUGUGUGCAACUCAUCAGAGUUCAGGUUCUAAUUCAUUCAAUAAUCAAGCAUAUCCAGCGAAUAUUCAGAACACCGGGAACUAUUACCAACCAGGGAAUAGUCCAACCUCUAGCAGUAUGUGGUCUCAGGGCAGCAACUCAAAUCAAAUGGGUAGUACAAGUGGUAUGAAUAGCAAUGCUUGGGGGAGCAAUUAUGUAACGAGUUCUUCAACUGCAGAUAAUAAUAUGGCCAGUGGAAGUGGAAUGAGCUGGUCUCAAAGUGCUGGAAACUCAAAUUCUAAUGGUGGUCAGGUUUUGAGUGAAAGUAGUAUUAGCAAUGCUAACAAUGGAAUGCCAGCAAAUGUUGAAAGACCAGAAUAUGUAACAGUAAUAAAUGGAGAUAAUAAAGAACAAACUUCAAUCAUCAAUAUGAAUACAGGCUCCAGCAGUGGGACAUCAGGAGGAGGAGGAGCAGGUUCCGGGAGUGGAGGAGGAUGGGGUUCAGGAGUAGGAGCGGGUGGUGGAGUAGGUGGAGGAGCAGGGGGAGGGGGAGGAGGAGGCUUUGGCGGUGGUGGAGGAACUGGGGGAGGCUUUGGAGGAGGAGCUGGAGGUGGAUUUGGAGGGGGUACUGGCGGUGGAUUUGGAGGAGGAUCAGGUGGAGGAUUGGGAGGAGGAGCAGGUGGGGGAUUGGGAGGAGGAUCUGGUGGGGGAUUAGGAGGAGGAGCAGGAUCUGGUGGAGGAUUAGGAGGAGGAUCUGGUGGGGGAUUAGGUGGAGGAUCUGGUGGAGGAUUAGGAGGAGGAUCUGGUGGAGGAUUAGGAGGAGGAUCUGGUGGGGGAUUAGGAGGAGGAUCUGGUGGGGGAUUAGGAGGAGGAUCUGGAGGAGGUUUUGGAGGAGGAUCUGGUGGAGGAUUAGGAGGAGGAGCAGGUGGAGGCAGUGGAUUUGGUGGUGGUUCUGGUGGCGGUGGUGGAUUUGGUGGUGGAUCUGGAGGUGGUGCAGGAGCAGGAUAUGGAGGGGGUAAUGGUGAAGGGGCUGGUAGUGGACAGGGAAGUGGAGGCGGUAAUGGUGUAGGCGCUGGGGCAGGAAGCAGUAGUGAAAUUGGAGGAGGGGCUGGUGGUGGCACUGGAGGAGGGUUUGGAGGAGGAAGUGGGGUAGGUACUGGAGGUGGUGAGGGCGCGGGUAAUGGUCAAGGAAGUGGAAGUGGCAGUGGUGUAGGAGGAGGAUCAGGAGGAGGAAGUGGUGAAAGUGUUGGGCAAGGAGGAAGUUAUGGAAUUGGAGGAGGUGUUGGGGGUGGUGCUGGAGGUGGAUUCGGAGGUGUGGGGGGUGGGGCUGGAGGUGGAUUCGGAGGAGGUGUUGGACAAGGCGGUAGCAGUGGAAUUGGAGGCGGGGCUGGAGGAGGAUUUGGAGGAGGGAGUGGUGGAGGAGCUGGACAAGGAGGAGGAUCUGGGGGUGGCUCUGGAGGAGGAUUUGGCGGAGGAAGUGGUGGAGGUGCUAGUGGUCUAGGAGGUGGAGGAGGAUUUGGUGGAGGAGCUGGAGGUGGUUUUGGAGACGGUGCAGAAGGUUCAGGCACUAGUUCAGGGACCACAGGGGGAAGUGGAAGUGGACAAGAAAGUAAACCAGAAGUCGAACAGGGAAAUACUAAUUCGAAUAGUGCAUCAAACAAUAUGAGCUCAGGGAAUGGAGCAAUGAUUUCCAGUAGUGGAACAAGUGCCUCAAUGAUUUCUAGUAGUGGAUCUAGUACUUCAAUGACAGCUAGCACAACUAGUGGUAGUUCAAGUACUGGUAAUCAAGUGAGUCAAAGUGGAGGAGGUUCAGGUGGUGGAGUUGGGGGUGGUGCAGGAGGUGGAUUUGGGGCAGGUGGUGGAGUCGGCGGAGGCGGAGGAUUUGGUGGAGGUGGAGGGAGCGGUGCCGGCGGUGGUUCAGGAGGAGGUUUAGGCGGUGGUGCAGGAGGAGGUUUAGGCGGUGGAUUUGGUGGAGGAGGCGGCGGUGGUGGCGGAGGAGGAUUUGGAGGUGGUGGAGGUGGAGGAGGAGGCGGUGGCGGAUUCGGUGGAGGAGGAGGAGGUGGAGGCGGAGGAGGUGGUGGAGGAUUGUUUGGUGGAUGGGGGAACCACCACCACUCUGGCAACCAUCAUCAUCAUCAUCACCAUGGGGGCUUUUUUGGGAACCACCAUCAAGGUGGUCAAGGAGGUGGUGGUGUCAGUGGACAUAGCAAUCUAUUUGGUGGUGGCCACGGACUGGGCUUCUUUGGUAGUCUGGGUCAUAAUAAACCUGGAGUGGGCUUUUUUGCUGGCGGGGGCCACAGCCAUGGCAUAGGCGCCGGUGUGUUUGGCAACGUGGGCAGCCACCACUCCAGCUCGGGUGAGACCGGCAUCAAGGAGCAGCACCACCAAUACACCGGCGAGUUGUACGGUGAGGUGGGCGGCCACCUCAACGCCGCCGGUCAAGGACAAAUCAAUAAGACUGACAAUGCUGCCAAUUCGAAAAACAAAGGCCCAAAGAAAAAUUAUCAAAUUCAAAAAUUGAGUGUGAUCAAAUGAUAUAAUCCACAGAUUGAUUGAGUACAGUUGCACACUGAUAAUUUGUUCAUACUGAGAGUACUGCCUUGAGAUUAUGUGCUCCAACUCACUAACUUACAAUACUUGCAAUAAAAAAUCAACGUGCAGGAUCCCAUGGGUGGUUUGCAAAGGGGUUUGUUUGACACAAAUUAUAAAUGAUUGAACCAAUAGAAAUAAUUUACUUAUUGAGUGCUUCCCAUUAUGUUGUUUCUCUCCCAAUCAUUGUUAUGAUUUUGUGCAAACGGAAUAAAUAGAAUUAAAUGUUGAAUGGUAUAUGUUUUAGGAUAUUGAGUCAGUUUGAUUCAAGAAAUUAUUAAAAGACAAAAAACACUGUAUAAUUCUGUUGUUGUAUAUGAAUUGAACAUGGAGUUGAUCUCUUGUUAAUAUUAUAACAGAAGAGUGUUUAACGUCAUUUACUGCAAUUCAAUUAUUUUUAAUAGUCAUGUUCUGAAACAAAUAUUAUAUUUAUUGAAGGGAUGGUUUGUCUGCAUUUGAAAAAUAAUUGAGGGAAAAUUUAUGUAUGGAGGUAACCAUUUGUUACUACCUAUUAUUCUCGAAACAAAUAUAUUAUCUGUGUGUAACACUUCAAGGAUUCAAAUAUAAAAUAAAGGUUGUCUUGUUCUCUACCAAGUAAUUAUAUUUUUAAAAAGUGAAGAAUGAAGAUGUUCGUUUCUCAUUAAUAUUUCUGUGUGCUUUUAUUUUUUUAAAUAAAACAAGUUGACCGUCGAAUGAGUUUUGAAAUCUUACUCCAAUCUUAUUUCACAGUAAUAGUAUUAAAUAGUAUAGUAGUUGGAUUCAAAUAAUACAUUCUGUAUUAAGAAUGGAAAUCAUCUUUCAACUUGUAGUUUUUGAACACACCCCAAAAUUCUUAUUAAAUUAAUUUAAUUCAGUUUUCAGUUGAAAAAAGGGUGGUAUUUAAUAUUGAAAUUUUUGUUUUGCUUUUCACGAUUUUAAUACAUAGUAGCUCAAAAUCCAGUAUCUAUCAUAAAGUUCAGGGUAUUGAG